UGCAAGAAGAAAGGAAAAAAAGAAAAGAAAAGAAAAAUACUCUCAACACAAAACACUACCCAAACCUCCACUCUCUCUCUCUCCUCACUUUCUCUCUCUAGAACCCACGAAGAAAGAGGAAAGAGGAAGAAGCAGGUGAUGGGUGCACCGAAUUUGAACCCACCAAGCUCUCAUCUCAGCUCAGCUCCAAUGGCGUAGUCAACUCGCAUUGCCUAGUUAAUGGGUAAGGGCGCGGCCGAGGAGGGGCAGGAGCUGCCCCUGACCGACCCCUCCGUCUCCAUCACCUCCGAGCGCACCGGCCACCCCCAGAUCCGCUGCGGCUGCGGCCGGAUUCUCCGCCACGUCGGCCUCAAAUGCGUGCUCGUCCUCAUCCUGUCGGUGGCGGGGUUCCUCUCCGCCCUCUUCUGGCUCCCCCCCUUCUUGAACCUCGGGGAUCGGGGCGAUCUGGAUCUCGACAGCAGAUUCAGAGGUCAUGAUAUUGUAGCUAGCUUUUAUGUGGGAAAGCGGGUAUCUUUGCUAAAAGAAAACAUUAUGCUGCUCGAGGAUGACAUUUUUGGGGAGAUGAACGCUCCCACUAUUAAGGUGGUCGUCUUGUCCAUAGAACCUGUGCCUGGACAAAACAUAUCAAAGGUUUACUUUGCCGUUGACCCCGAUGCGGAUAGUCCAAGAAUAUCUAUAGCUGCUCAGAGUUUGAUUAGGGCAUCCUUUUCAUCUCUUGUUUCACACCAGCUUUCUCUACGUCUGACGGCUUCCUUGUUCGGUGAUCCUUUCUCGUUUGAGGUGGAGAAGUUUCGUGGAGGAAUCACUGUUAUCCCUCCACAAAGUGCGUUUCUCCUGCAGAAAGUUCAAAUCUACUUCAACUUCACUUUGAACUUCUCUAUUGAGGAAAUACAACUUAGCUUUUAUGAGCUGACAAGCCAGCUCAAGUUGGGAUUGCGUCUAUCGCCUUAUGAGAACCUAUACAUCAGGUUAUCAAACUUCAGGGGUUCUACUGUGGAUGCCCCCACAAUCGUCCAAUCAUCUGUUCUACUGGCUGUCGGGGCCCAAUCCUCAACACCACGAUUAAAGCAGCUUGCUCAGACGAUCACAGGUAAUUCUCACUCGAGAAACCUUGGCCUCAACAACACUAUGUUUGGGAGGGUCAAGCAAGUCCGUCUUUCAUCAAUAUUGCAACAUUCCCUGAAUGGUGGUGAUGGUGGGGGCGCCCCUUCAUCUUCUCCAGCUCCUCAGCCAUUCCCACAUCACCACCAUCAUCACCACCAGCAUCAUCACCAUCACCACUCCGAUGACCCACCUCUUGGCCCCACAAUGCCACCAAGAGCCCCAACUCAUGGAGGACACUCACCAACCUGGAGAAAAAUUUCCCCCGCACCUCAGCCUUCUUCAUCACAUGCUCGGAGAAAACAUCUGCAUUCACCUGCACCCUCUACUACUCAUGAGGCGAAGCCUCCUGGGUGUAGAUACAGGCAGAAGAGAAGGUCUGCUGGCCCAGCACCGGAGCAGUCCCAUGUGACCCCAACUGCUUCACCAGCAUUCGCUCCUCAACAUUCUGUGGCCCCACCGCCAGCACAAAGACAUCCACCCCCAGCAAGUUCAGUUUCUAUACAGGGUCCAUUACCACAUGCAGCGUUUGGUAAAGUCCAGCCCCCGUCAAAGAGUAAAUCAGAUUCAGCGCACUCUGACUCAGUACCCUCAAUUUCCCCAUCACCCUAUUCAUCUUCUACGAGUCAAUUAUCUCCACUUAGAUGGGUAUUUCUGCUGUUUGUCGUGCUGGUAUUACAUCUAUAAUGAUGGAGGAGAAAAAGUGCACCUUCCACUUGAAACUACUUCUCCUGUACCGGUCGAAGGACUUGAAUAAGUGCUGCAAGAAACCAGACAACCCUGCAAGCGGGAGCAAUGCAAAUACGUUUCGAUUUUGUGAUUGUAAAUAUACUUUUUUUAGAGUUUCUGCUGACAGAUGCAAUAUCGGGUCAAAGCCACAUCGGUGGCAGGCCGUUGAUUGCAUUGCUGUUGUUGUGUAUUCUCGUGCGGAAAUGUAGGGCAGUAAGUGUUAAAAAAAAAAUGUAUUACAUCGAAAUUUUCGCUCUUAAGAUCGCAUUUAAGUGAAUCAAAUUUUCUUA